AUGUCAACCCGCUUCACCCUUCUACCACCCGAAUCAACCUCCUCGACAACUCCUACCUCUCUUCAGAGAGAUUGGGAGGGUGAAGAAGAAUUGGUAUCAGAAGACGAUGAUGAACCUCCAUCUCCUGAUCCAGACCAGCCUAACAAUCUAGAUCCUGAACCUCAACCUGGACCAGAGAUAGAUUUACGUCCAAAGAAAAAAGCCAAACGACUAAAAAACUUAUCAUCGACCAAAACACUCACCACGAUCAACCCAACAACACUCAAUACUACUUCACCGAUCGAGCUUACCGAUACCGUCUCUUCUUCAGCUUUGGAUGACCAUCUGAUCGACCCGAAAAGACCCAAGAUCAAAUCUAAUAACGCAUUUUGGAGGAAAGCACCUCCUCCUCCAUCAUCAUCCUCUUCUGGUGGUCCACAGGGUGAGGGAAGUAUGAGGACUAAACAUACGGAAUUCCCUUUUGCGGAUUACGAACUUGGACUUAGACCUUUGACAUGGCCUUCAUUAGACGAUACAGCGGUGAAAACUUUGGGUAUCCCAGCUUCUUUACCUUCUUUUCAAAAUACCUUGGAUCAAGAUAAAGAGUAUGACGAACCUUUCUUGUAUACUCGUUCGGAUUUGAUUAGAUAUAGAUUAGGUAUAACUCCCAACUAUACUACGCAGGUCCAUGCUCAAGCACAAGCUGGAGGGAGUGGUAGUGGAAGUGGGAGUGGGAGUCGAGGAUCAAAGGAUAUGACGGUUGCUGAGGGAGCUUGGAAGAAAUGGGAGGAAAUUGGUGGGAUACCUAAAGGUUUGGCGGGGCUGAUUCCCUAUAGUUUUGAUGGGCAUGGGAAUGUCUAUAAACCCGAUCUAACGCAUGUCCAGGCUAUACGAUUGGUCAUAGCUGCUUCACCAAGAGGCAAGAUGACCUUAUCGCAAAUCUAUCAAGCAUUUGAAGAAAGGUGGCCAUGGCAUAAAACAGCAGGAAUGACUUGGAAGAACUCCAUCCGACAUAAUCUAUCAUUGAAUGAUUGUUUCAUCAAUGUCGAAAAAGCCACAGCUCAAGGAGGUGGCAAAGGUGGAUAUUGGAUAGUUGAUAAUUCGCAAUCAGGUAGAACAGCACGUAAAUUAAAACGGUCCGCAACCAAUCUCAAUUCUAAUUCAACCUCCAAAGGAUAUUCAUCAUCACCCACCAAAUCGACGUUCAAAGAGCGCGACCUCCUGACUAAGGAUAGAUUAUCGAUCUCUGGCGAGUCGUCCCCAAACACAGAAACUCCAAGUGUCGACGUCUUCUCUCCUGGACUAUCUAAUCCUCUUGAUAAAUACGACCUCAAUAAGAACUCAGAUGGUGGUAUGGGAAAAGGAAAAAACAAAGCUACGAGCAUCACUAUUGCCAAACCUGCUGUACCGUUUCCUUACACUUUACCUAAAAGAGAUAAAAGUUGGGUACCCAAAGAGGUAGUUAGGAAAUCUAGAGAAAUAGGUAUACAGAGACCAUCCCAUGAUACACCUUUGGAUCGACCUCAAAAAUCAAGUUCACAUCCCUCGGUAGAUGGCAGGGCUGAUCAAGAUCAUGCCGAGGGAGAAGGAUGUUCAAGAUCUGGUUUUUUGCAAACUGCGAAUUCACCUUUGGAAUCUCAGUUCUUCACUACUAGAGCUGGUGUACCGGUAUUACCAAUGGUUGAACCGAAAUCAAAUUCGAGAUCGAAUCUAUCGAUGACUCAACACGGUGAAAGGGAUGGAAUCAGUAAAUUACCGAAUUUGCUCAAAGCCAUGUAUGAGCCUAGUCGAUUGGGGUGGGGGCUGGGAGAUGAUAUGAGAUUACCUCCUGUACGAGUGGCAGAGAAUCAGAUGGAGGAUGGGGAUGAUGAGGGAGGAGCAGGGGGAGAUCAGGUGAUAAGGAGAUAA